AUGGCUAAACGUGGAUCCACCGUCAUCCUUGGACUGGAUAGACUGAGUGGUUGUAACCUGUCAGACAGAAGCUGUGAAGCUCUGUCCUCAGUCCUGAGCUCCCAAUCCUCCCGUCUGACAGAGCUGGAUCUGGGUAACAACAACCUGCAGGAUCCAGGAGUGAAGCUUCUGUCUGCUGGGAUGAAGAGUCAAUACUGCAAACUGGAAACGCUGAGACUGAGUGGCUGUAACCUGUCAGACAGAAGCUGUGAAACGCUGUCCUCAGUGCUGAGCUCCCAAUCCUCCCGUCUGACAGAGCUGGAUCUGGGUAACAACAACCUGCAGAAUUCAGGAGUGAAGCUUCUGUCUGCUGGGAUGAAGAGUCAAUACUGCAAACUGGAAACGCUGAGACUGAGUGGCUGUAACCUGUCAGAAAGAAGCUGUGAAACGCUGUCCUCAGUCCUGAGCUCCCAGUCUUCUAGUCUGAGAGAGUUGGACCUGGGUAACAACAACCUGCAGGAUCCAGGAGUGAAGCUUCUGUCUGCUGGGAUGAAAAGUCAAUACUGCAAACUGGAAACACUGAGGCUGAGUGGCUGUAAGCUGUCAGACAGAAGCUGUGAAGCUCUGUCCUCAGUCCUGAGCUCCCAAUCCUCCCGUCUGAGAGAGUUGGACCUGGAUAACAACAACCUGCAGGAUCCAGGAGUGAAGCUUCUGUCUGCUGGGAUGAAGAGUCAAUACUACAAACUGGAAACGCUGAGGCUGAGUGGCUGUAACCUGUCAGACAGAAGCUGUGAAACGCUGUCCUCAGUCCUGAGCUCCCAGUCCUCUAGUCUGAGAGAGUUGGACCUGGGUAACAACAACCUGCAGGAUUCGGGACUGAAGCUUCUAUUUUCUGCAGUGGAUAGUCCAAAGUGUACAAUUCUCAGACUGAAUGGCUGUAACCUCUCACAGAGAAGUUGUGAAGCUCUGUCCUCCAUUCUCAUCUUCCAGUCCUCUAGUCUGAAAGAGCUGGACCUGAGUACCAAUGGCUUGCAGGAUUCAGGAAUAAAGAAGCUGUCCGUUGCAGUGGAGAGUCCAUAUUAUUGUCAGAUGCUUACAGGAAGUAUACCUGAUCUACGGGAAGAUAAGGAAGCGUACGUGGGGCGACACCGGGAUGGAGAUGAGACGUGA